AUACCCACAGCCUGCAACUCCAUGAACAAUCUAAAUGAACCAAGGGAGAAUUGGAAUAUCUUGCCCAAUCACAGGGAUGGCGAAGGUGAUGGAAGCAAAUGGAAUUAUGCUCUACUGGUUCCUUUGUUGGGACUUGCUGCAUUCCGAUGGAUCUGGUCCAGAGAAUCACAAAAAGAAAUUGAACAGGAACGAUCUGCAUGUAAGAAUACGAUAGAAGCCACAGAGAAAGAGCUGAAACUGAAAUACCAAGAUGUAAUUAUUCAGAAUCGGAAAUCGCUCGCACGUUGUGAGCUGGAGCAGGAGAAGCUCAAAAGCAAAGUCCAAAGUUAUCAUGAAGCGCUUUCAGCACAAAGCCGUCACCUAGUUGAAGAACGCCGGCAACUGGAACAAGAACGUAAAGUACUAGAGGAGAAAAAACAUACCGUGCAAAAUUCAGGAGCAGCAGGGGCUUUGUAUCAGGAUCUGAUGGAGAAGGAAGGACUGUGGGAAACUCAAGCCAGAGCACUCAUAAAAACAUAUGAAAACUCCUUAGUCAAGAGGCAAAAUCUUUUCUGCAGUUACUUUAUUCCAAGGCAAGAAAGACUUGAUUGGGAGAGGACAAUGCGUAGCCAAGCUGCUGCAAAUCCAAUUGCUAAAGAAUUGGGCAUUGAAAGAGGUUUGAGAGAUAUCUUUGACCAUGAAACGCAUUGUGCAAACGUACAAAAUAAUGACCCUAGAAAAAAUGGUAGGUUAUUAUGGAUAUAUAUUUCAUUAUGGGAACUUCGAGCUGAGCUGCAAAAAUUCAAAAAAGUAGGCAAAACCUUAUUAGUAAAGCCAGUUAAUUAGAACACGGGUCAUUUAUUACAACAAUAAGAGGUAGACAUUUUCUGAGAAAUCACUCGAGUAUGAAGACAAAUUAAUAUCUCUUGUUAUUGUUGAUCCACAAAACAAUGCAGCAAGCCGUGUUGAAGCGAUGUGCUGUGAGUACUAGUUCAUUGUAAACUGCGAAAAGUUCACCAUUGGCCACAUAAAACAAUUGCAAUCUUACCCCGUAAAAAUGUUCAAUAGACUGAAUUACGCCAUGGAAUUGCUGAAUUUGCACUAAAUUCAUAAAAUAAUCCCACCACUGCAAUUUGGAGCUGAUAACUCCCAUUUGAAGGACAAUGAUUAAGAAUGUGACUUCUGAUCCAGAUCUGAAACUGAAUAUUAGAUGCCCUGAGUGAAAACGAAUAGAUUUGUGGUUUCACCAGUUUCUUAUGGUCAAUUUCCUCUGCGUUAAGCUUGCUUAUUUAGGCUUUGAAUCUUAUUUUUAACUUCAGACUUAAAUCUAGUAUCAAGUUCAAUCAUUUAACAUUUUUUGUUUGACUCAGUUUGUUAAUGAGACUCAUUACUCAACUAUGAUUCAAAAAGAUAAACCAAGUUAUUUAAUCAAAAACCCAUCAUUAACCAUGAUUGGAUACAUUGCCGUUAUUAAAAGUUGUGGGACCUUCAUGGGGAAAAUGUGUAUUUGCUUAGAGCCCACAGUAUGCACAUUAAUACCAAAUGGUCUCCCUAACACAUUUCUGACCAUUGCAAAAUUCAUUUGAACAUUGGAAGCCUACAAACAGCUGAAAGAUAUCUGGGUUACAAUGAUUGAGUAAUUUGCAAGAUGAUAUGAUAAGUUUCACAUUCAUGGAAAUGGAAUGUGGUUUUUCCACACAAGGGAUGUGCCUUUGUGUAAAUUUAUACCAACAGACUAACAUACAGGGACUGAUUAUUCUGACGGCGAAUUAUAUAUCAUGCAACAUUUAAAGUUUUAGAAUUUUAACUUGCCCUUUUAUCAUCUGCUGUUCUUGUCGUAUUUUUGAAAGUAGCUUCAUUAUUAUUGAUCGUGAUGAAUUAGACAUCUGGAGGUACUCUGUAGUUUUCACAUUGUCAUUGAUUCACUGUUAAUGUCUGAAUGAUUGAUGUGACAAUUCCCAACAAUAACUGGAUUACCAUGUGCUGUUUAACUCUCUUCAUUUCAAGCAAUUUUCUCUUUUUGUUUCCUUAAUGAAUACUUAAAGCAACUAAAUCCACCACCUUUAUUAUU